CUCUCUCUUCUUUGGGUGUCUGGACUGCUCGCCGAGGCCAGAUCCUCGUCGUGACCCGCAACGAUUGGUAGCCACGACGCGUCGCUGAUUCCCAUCGCAGCACCCGUUGAUCACGCCGGACACCCCAGCGGCAACACCAGUGCUAGGAUGGCGCGCAUCGUCACCACCAUGGGCGGCCUGAUGGCCGCUUACCUCAUUUACCUCGAGCCCCCGACCGCCAUCACGGCAUGGUUCCCCUGGCACAUCUUCUUUAUGACCAUUGGCGUGUACGGCUUUAUGUCGUACAGCGUGCUCAACUUUGUCUUCAACGGCAAGAAGGCCUAUAACCAAACCGUCUGGUUCCAUUUCGUUUUGAAUGCCUUGGCGGCAGCCUGCAUUCUCCUCGGGUUUGUGGCCAUCUACACCAACAAGGAGACCAAAGGCAAGACCCACUGGAAGUCGUGGCACGGAACGAUUGGCUUUUACACCUUUGUUUUGAUCAUGGGCAUGACCAUUGGCAACAUCAGCUUUCUCUUCCCCGACCAAAUGGUGCGCGCCGUUGGUCCUAAAACGGUGAAGAAGAUCAAGCUGGUUCACCGCAUCGUGGGCACCCUUGCCUACGUGUUUGUCAUGUUUGAAAUGUUCCUGGCCUACUACUCAAACUGGUUCAACCGCAAUGUGACCGGCGUCCUCUGGUAUCUUUUCCCCACCAUGACCCUCCUCAUGGCCGCCAUCGUCGUGGUCCAGGUCGCCCCCAAGUUUUUCCGGUGAACACCAUGAAAAAAAGCUCUUUUGCUGCUGAAUGUUGUGUGUUGUAAAUGCUCUUUGGUGCGGUCAGACCUUGCCAUCGCAGCAGCCUGAGCUGCCAGCACAUGCAGCAAAUUGAUCAACUGACUGG